CGUAUGAAGGAACCCCUAGAACGCCAGCUUUCGCGCUGCCUGGCCCCUCACUGCCGCUAGUACCUCAGUCUUGCAUAUUAAUCAGUUUUUCUAGGACACGUUGCGAAGCGGUGGCGUAUUGAACUGCUUCAUAGACCGAGACCGACGACUUCUUGAUCACGUUAUUCGGAUUGUCAACUUUCAGCUUGGUUUCGAUACUCGGAUAAAUGGUGGCAUCUUUGUGCCGAUGUUAUUGAUUGACGCGGUGAGCCGCAGCUCGAUUGGCUUCGAUGUGAUACUUCGUGAGUGCAUCAUCAUUGUGAUCAAGCUGUUCCAUCCGUAUGCGUGCUGGCACGAUUCUAGAUAG